CCCCCCACCCCGCUGCCUGGGGACGGCGGGUUCCUCGAGGACGGAGCUGGCCCACGAGAACGACGAGCUCCCAGGAUGCCGAGGAGGGUCCGCUGGGCCUGAGGAACAAGAGCAGAUGGAUGCGGAGCUGCAGACUUAGGAGAUGCCUGGGACAAGGAGGCCACCUUCUCAGGGCAAAAGGAAAAGGAGGUGACAGGCGUUGAGACCACCGAAGGGAACCCAUGGCUAGGAUCAGUUUUUCCUACCUCUGCCCAGCUUCUUGGUACUUCACUGUGCCCACGGUGAGCCCAUUUCCACGUCAGCGAGUGGCAAAAACAUUCCUGGGACUCUUCUUCAUAUCCUGUGUCCUUUUGCUUAUGUUAAUCAUGGACUUUCGACACUGGGGUGCUUCAUUGCCACGAGACAGGCAAUACGAAAGGUACUUGGCUCGAGUAGGGGACCUCGAAGCUACUGACACUGAAGACCCAAACCUGAGUUACGGCCUAGUUGUGGACUGUGGCAGCAGCGGCUCCCGGAUCUUCGUUUACUUCUGGCCCAGACAUAAUGGGAACCCCCAUGACUUGCUGGACAUCAAACAGAUGAGAGAUCGCAACAGCCAGCCAGUGGUUAAAAAAAUCAAGCCAGGAAUCUCUGCAAUGGCAGACACUCCAGAACAUGCCAGCGAUUACCUUCGUCCUCUGCUGAGCUUUGCUGCUGCGCACGUGCCUGUGAAGAAGCACAAGGAGACCCCCCUGUACAUCCUGUGCACAGCAGGCAUGCGGCUUCUCCCUGAGGGUUUAUGCAUGGAUUGGAAUCAACUUUGUUUUGGGGCGAUUCGACCAUGAGGAUGAACCAGAGGCUGAGGCAUCACAGGAAAUGGUGACAGGACGCAGGAGGACAGUAGGGAUACUGGACAUGGGGGGAGCCUCUCUCCAAAUCGCUUAUGAAGUUCCUACCUCAACCUCUGUCCUUCCUCCAAAACAGGAAGAAGCUGCCAAGGUCCUGCUGGCCGAGUUCAACCUGGGCUGUGACGUGCAGCACACAGAGCACGUGUACAGGGUUUACGUCACGACCUUCCUGGGCUUCGGAGGCAACUUCGCCCGGCAGCGCUAUGAAGACCUCGUGCUGAACGAAACUCUAAACAAAAACAGGUUACUGGGUCAGAAGACGGGUUUGAGCCCCGACAAUCCAUUUCUGGAUCCCUGCCUGCCCGUGGGCCUCACAGACGUGGUGGAGAGGAACGGCCAGGUCCUGCACGUGCGAGGAAAAGGACAGUGGGCCACUUGCGGGGCGAUGCUGAGCCCCCUGCUGGCCCGCUCCAACACCAGCCAGGCCUCGCUGAACGGCAUCUACCAGUCGCCGAUCGACUUCAACAACAGUGAAUUCUACGGCUUCUCGGAGUUCUUUUACUGCACAGAGGACGUGCUGCGCAUCGGUGGCCGCUACCACGGGCCGACGUUUGCUAAGGCUGCUCAGGAUUACUGUGGUAUGUCUUGGUCGGUGCUCAGCCAGAGAUUCAAGAACGGCCUCUUUUCAUCACAUGCCGAUGAGCAUCGACUCAAAUACCAGUGUUUUAAAUCCGCUUGGAUGUACCAAGUCCUGCAUGAAGGGUUCCACUUUCCCUAUGACUACCCAAACCUGAGGACAGCCCAGCUGGUUUACGACCGAGAGGUUCAGUGGACACUGGGAGCCAUCCUGUAUAAAACACGAUUCUUACCACUCAGGGAUCUUCGGCAGGAAGGUGUCCGACAAGCUCACAGCAGCUGGCUCCGUCUCUCCUUUGUCUACAACCACUAUCUCUUCUUUGCCUGUAUCCUGGUGGUGCUGCUGGCCAUCAUCCUGUACCUUUUGCGGCUGCGCCGAAUUCACCACCGACAAACUCGAGCCUCGGCUCCACUGGACUUGCUGUGGAUUGAAGAGAUGCUGCUUUACCUGACCCAUGGAUAUUUGGCCUUGGAAUAUCUACUUUAAUUCCUCUUCAGUAGACGAUCCUCUUCUCUGAGAGAAGCUGUAAUUUAGUCUGUGAGGAGCAAAAUGACCAGAGACUGGUGCUAACAAAAGGGACCAAGGAGCGUCCAGUGGAAGCAUGCUCCUACUUCACCUGAGCGGCCUGGUGUUCCUAGGAGUAGCCCCUUCUCCCCUCGCUAAGGCAAGACAUUUGCUACUGGGCACACCGGAAGCCUGACUGCAACCAAACUGGGAGCAUCUGAUAUGAAACCGGGACAUUGCAAGUGCAGCAGCUCCUUCUUUCUCUGUAACAGAGAGAUCAUUUAUGUGGCGAUCCACAGCCUUUAAUAUGGAUCCAAGAUCUUUGCGGUUCAGUGGACCAGGCAAGAAUUUCGAGACAACCAAAAUAAUACAUCUUCCUUCCUUCCUUGACCAAGAAGCCAUUGUGGGUGUGAUCCAAGAUCUCUGACAUAGUGUUGCUGAUGUUAGUCUGUGACUUUAAAAGGUUAGGACCCCUUCUAAAUGAACGGUCCAUUGAAGAGUUGAUGGUAUCUUAUCUGACACCUAGUAUGACUAGGGUAGACUUUUUUUUUCCCCAUUUCUAUGUGCCUCACAGGCUGUUUGGGCAUUAAUUUUGCUUACUGAGCCUUAAGUGUGCUUGUAGGAUGGAGAAACUGUGAUGGGGAGUUGGGACCUGCAUUUGUCUGGUUUCAGGUCUUUGUCCCCGAGGCCUAUUUUUUAAGUCCCUGCACAGGAAGAUUCAAAGAGUUCCUUCAUUUCACUGCUAAGAUCAAUAUGUAGUUUGGGAAGGGAUGUUUUUGUGUUGUUAUUAAAGGAAGGAAGAACAGAGGCCAGCAGUGGUAUCGUGGUUAAAGGCGCUGGACUCCCACAUAGUCGACCAUAGUUUGAGUCCCAAACCUGGUGGCUUGCUUUCUCACUUUCUCUCUGGUCAAAUUGAAAAUCAUGAUAAAGUUAAAUAAAAAUAAUUCCUUUAAUUUUUUUUUUUUUAAAAGGAAGAAUAGUAUCAGGAGGGUGGGCAAAGGCAAUAAAAUCAAAGCUCUUAUCCUUUUAAGAAAUAGAAAUAUUCUCAAUUUCUGGCUCCUGGAAAGUCUGAAAGGGAGCAAAUUCUUAACUUUGGAAAAAGUAGGUGGACCUGUUAAGCCACCUGGCAACUUUCAGAAUCUCUUAAGAGAUUGCUUAGUCACAGUCAGUCUACUAAUGAGA